UAAAUAUCAUCCACAAAAAGCUUACUCUUUCUAUCCUCAAUCUCCAUAUCAAAAACACUUUACCAAGAACAAUUUUGUGUCCCACAUGUCAAAGUCCAUUACAAAAUAUCUAAAAAGCUAUAUAACAAUCUCCAACUUCAUUGGAUCAAAAUAAAGCUACAAUCUUUAAUACCUUACCACCUUCACUUAACAUUUUUCUUUUUGCAUGGCCAUUAUUAACACAAGUUUAUGUUCUUCGCCAAACCAUUCUUCACACCUUCCAACACUCUCACUCUCCACUAUUCAACCUUCCAAAUUUGGCCUCAAUUUGGUAUCAAAUGAGGCGGUAGUUGUAGCUGCUGCAGCUGAGGCAGUAACCCUGGCUCGAGCUGCAGCUCAAGCAGCUAAAGAAGCUGUGGAUGAGGUAGGUGGUGGUGGUGGUGAUAUGAUUUGGAGUUGGAAUGCAAAUGUGAAUAGUAAUAAAUUGGUUACGUGGAGAAAGAGAAGUAAAAGUUUGAGAAAAGAAAAAAGUGAUGAAAAUUUGAAGAACUCAACCGGGUUUUUGAGUUCAAGAGAAGAGGCAGAGUAUUGUUUCAUCCUAAAGGAGGGAGCAAAACUAGAAGUAGCUAGGCAAAGAUUGAAGAAUGAUAAAGAUCAUGAGCCAACCUCACAAGAGUUGGCCAAGGCUAUGAAGAUGGAGAUAAAGAGCAUAGAUAAGAUAUUAUGUAAAGAAAGAGAAUCACAAGAGAAGAUUACAAGGAGUUACAAGAGACUAGUUUCUUCAAUUGCUUCUGGUUACCAAGGCAAAGGAUUAACCUUUCAAGACCUUAUUCAGGAAGGUAGCAUUGGACUUCUUAGAGGGGCCCACAAGUUUGAUCCACAUAAAGGGUACAAGUUAUCAACUUAUGUAUAUUGGUGGAUUAGACAAGCUAUCAUUAAAGCCAUACAAAAGAAAUCUAGAAUGGUCAAGUUGCCGGGGAACAAGUGUGCUAUGAUAGCAAAAAUCACAGAAGCAAACAAUGUCUUAAACAGAAGAUUAAACCGUUCACCAACUUAUGAUGAAGUUGCCAAAGAGCUCAAACUAGAUGUCACAACAGUGAGACUAGUUUCACAAAGAAAUCGCCCCCCGAUUUCAUUGGAUCGCGCAAUAACCGAUAGAGGGCGAAUGACACUACAGGAGAUUAUGCCGGGGCCAGAAGAAACAAUACCCGAAAAGAUGGUAAAAAGAGAGCUUUUGAAGCAAGAAAUGAAGAAGCUUUUGGAGACAGAAUUGAGUGAGAGGGAAGCUCAUGUGUUGAGACUCCAUUUUGGAUUGAAUGGAGAGUAUCCCAAAUCAUUUGAAGAGAUUGGAAGAGUGUUGAAACUUUCAAGAGAAAGAGCUAGACAGAUUAAUGGCAUUGCCUUUACAAAGUUACAAAAAUCAAGCCUUGUUAAGAAUAUGAGAUUGUUUAUUGAAUAGGGUUUAAUAAUACUUGAUUAAUUGGUUAGAGACAAUUAAGAAAAAAUGAGUACAUAUAGAAAACUUGUAAAGAAAAAAAAUGAAGGUUUAAAUAAUAAAAGAAAAAUUGUUUAAGAUUCA